UUGAUAUCGAAAUUUGAACACUGUAAGAUCAAUAAUUCCGUUACCAAGCAACAUAUAAACUUGUUUUCUCCAAGAAUUUACCCCAGUUUAGUGGUGGCUGAAAAUGAGUGAGGGCUCAAGUGAACACACAAAUGACUACAAAAUUCAAUCUCAAGUCGAAACCAUUUUGGUGCAAGAAAAGCAAAUCAUCGUUAAGUACUUCUUGGAAACCACUAAGAAGCUGCUCUUCACCAACUCCUAUAGCCCAACAUGUCUGGUGGCUUCCAUCAAAAAGAACAUCGAACGGUACUUCAACGUACCCUUCGUCAACAUCAUACUGAAAGUCGGCAAUCGAAUCUUGGAAAACGAAGACAAAAUCGGCGACUUCGGAAGCGACGAUUUCGGCAUCCUGGAAGUAACGCUGGCCUUCACCAACGCCAAUUUGAAACUGGAACCGGAGGACGUGACGCAAAUCUAUCAGCACGUGCCCCCCGUUUUGCCGGACGUGCUCACCGUGCAGGUGCCCACAGAGGACAAGGGGGUGUACAACGUGGUGGUGGAAGUGGAGAACAAGUGCAUUUACAAACCGAAUUUGGGCGGAUACCAAAAUAGGGCCACCGGCGUCGAGUACCACAAUGCUUAUAGCCAAACCGGACCGAACAGACCACGGAGGCCGGGCGUCCUUUUCAAUCACAGAGACACUCAGACCGCGUCGCCGAAAAACAAAACGGUGGAGGUCGGCGUGUCGAAGUGCACACAGGCCAACGGGAUCUCGCCUUGGGUUCCCGAGGUAACCGAUAAGAUUAUCGUGGCGAAGAAGUACGAGACGGCCGAGGAGAAGGAGACGAGGCUGGACGUUAUGGGGAAAGUCAGACAUUUGCAGAGGUGCAUUAGGGCUUGGAUUUUGAGGAGGAGAAUAAGGCACCUGAGUGGCGAGUAUAGGAGGUUGCUGAAGGAAGAGAAAGAACGGGAGAUAAAAGAGGAGGUGGAGAACGCCGAACGACUGAAGAAAGAUUUGAUAAAUAAGGCUUUCCCAGUUAAUAAAGAGGAUUUUGAUAUGGUUUACAGCAUGAUAGAACGUUGGAAAAAGGCUGAGAUUGAUAAAAUAACCAGGUAUUACUGCGGACCUGCAAAGAUCGUGGAGUUUCAGAUCCUCUUGGACAAAGAAAUCGAGUUGCUGCAUUCUGUGGACAAGAUCAAACAGAAGGUGGCCGAAGAUGUGGAGACGCAAAAAGUGGUUAAUUUCUUCAAAAGCAUAGGUAUGCCUUUGAGAUGGACGAGUGACUACAAGAACAUCAGUAUUGAAAUGGACACCAUUGAGACGCAAAAGGGACGAGAAUACUUUCAAAUGUAUAAAUCACUGUGCGACAAAACCUUAUCCACAGAACAAAAGCUGGAGCUGUACAGUAGAAUCAAGCAACAUUUGGGGGACCACAAGUGCCCAACAACGGAAGAAAUGCAUAAGUUGAUAGACAGAGUGGGCUUGAUGCUGGCCAGGGGUAUGUCCAAAAUCCACUAUAUGUCCGUGGAAAAAACAAUUCAAAAGCUGAUGCUCCACCACUUCCAACAGCCCGAAUGCAACGAAGGAGUGACCGACAGAAUGAUCCGCUUGAAAGAGGAACGCAUGAAGAACAAAUUGAUCUGCUGCAAAAGCUGUCAGAAAUUCAAAACAAUGGACUCGUUCGCCCUGAAUGCCAGAAUGACCAGAACGAAUGUGUGCAAUUCGUGCCACUGGCUGAACAAAGGCGAGGACCCACUGGUCGACAUGUCCCCGUACAAGUACAUCCUAAAACAGAUACGCAAAUAUGAACUGGAACACCACGGCAGCACUUCCGCCGCAAUGAUCGUCACGGUUAACGAUGUGUAUCACAUCAUUGACAAUAUUUGGCACGGAAAAUCGGCGCUGAGCGAAUGCAACGACGUCCACCAAUUGCGCCUGAUACGGUGGAAUAGAAAACGGCAGUGGUCGCCUUGGAACUGCGUACCGUUGACCAGCGAGGAAUGCAAGGCCCACAUAAGGAUAAAGGAGUUGAGCGACGUGUACGACGAACAUUUUAUGUCCACGGUGUUUGCUAAACAUGCCCUGGCCAAAAUCCAAUUCAGGCAUUUGAGGUUUGUCGAAAAAUGUUUGAGCGAAGAGUGCGACAGCUCUUCGGAAAAUGUCACUCAUGUUUAAGGAAUGUGCAAUAUGUAGUUUUUUAGUGUA